UAUGUUUUUAAAAGACGUAUAUUUUUAUUUAUCCCUAUUAAUAAGGCCCUUGAAUGUUUUUGUAAAUCAGAAUUGUUUAUACUGUAACGUUCGCUUUAACUCCAACAAGGAAGUUCCUGUCUGUCAAACGGAAAGUCUCCUUUUGUCAUGCGAAACUCUGUAGUUACUGUACUGAUACUCUUCGGUUUGAGAAAUAUCUUUAAAUCUACAUGAAGAAACAGUUCCUAGUGCCUCCUCGACAUCGUCAUAUUGUAUAUUAAAAGAUUUAGACCACAAUGACAGCGAGUACAGAAAACCAUCUUUGGUCCACUGAUGAUAUUCUCGGUCAGGGGGCAACCGCGAGUGUCUACAAAGCCCGAACUAAAAAAACAAGUGAAGUGGUUGCAGUGAAGGUGUUCAACAUGGCCAGCUACAGCAGACCGUAUGAGGUACAAAUGAGGGAGUUUGAGAUGCUGCGGAGGCUGAAUCACGUCAACAUCGUCACACUCUUCGCCAUGGAGGAGCUGCAGUCAAACCCCAAACAGAAGGUUUUGGUAAUGGAGUAUUGUUCAGGAGGAAGUCUUUUGAAUCUGCUAGAGGAACCUGAAAAUGCAUUUGGCCUGCCUGAAUCUGAAUUCCUGAUAGUCCUUCACUGUGUUGUUCACGGGAUGAACCACUUACGCAAGAACGGGGUGGUUCACAGAGACAUCAAGCCAGGCAACAUUAUGAGGCAGGUGGGGGAGGACGGAUGCUCUGUCUACAAACUCACAGACUUUGGUGCGGCUCGAGAGCUGGAGGACGAUGAGAAGUUUGUGUCCAUCUAUGGCACGGAGGAGUACCUGCAUCCAGACAUGUAUGAGCGUGCAGUAUUGAGAAAGCCCCAGCAGAAGACCUACGGAGUGACAGUGGAUCUGUGGAGCAUCGGUGUUACUUUUUACCACGCCGCAAGCGGCAGCCUGCCUUUCAUUCCAUUCGGAGGACCACGCAGGAAUAAACAGACAAUGUAUAAGAUCACCACUGAAAAGCCAGAGGGGGCUAUCGCAGGGAUUCAGAAGAUAGACAACGGUCCUAUAGAGUGGAGUUAUGAUCUGCCCAAUUGCUGCCAGCUUUCAAAGGGACUGAGAAAGCACCUGGUCCCAGUGCUGGCCAACAUCCUGGAGGCCAAUCAGGAGAAAUGCUGGGGGUUUGACCAGUUCUUCAGGGCUACCAUGGACGUCCUUCAACGUUUAAAAGUGCACAUCUUCUCACUUCAGCAAGCCACGGCCCACACCAUCUACAUCCAAUAUUACAACACUUGUUCAGUCUUCUUUGACGAAGUUCAGGAUCAGACUGGGAUUGGAGCAGAAAUGCAGCAGUAUCUCUUUCAUGGUCACCCACUCAUCUUGGAGUCCAGCAUGGAAGUGAUCUACCUGCCUCUCACCACAGCAGAGCGACCCAUCUUUCUGCUCAGCAGAAGAGCCGAGAAAAUCGCAGCACUGCCCCCUAGAGAGCCCGAGAUCCCAGGUUUGCCCUCAAGGUUCGACGUCUUGGCCGACCACACUUUCUCAAAGACCCUAGUCGUGGUGAUCCACCAAUUUCUUAGGACAACACGGCUCCUAUACCAACACAAAGACCUGAUUCUACAGGGAUUCUACAGUCACAUUGAAGGCGUUCGUGUCGAAUGCAAUAACGCGACGCACAAAAUCUCGAUGAUGAAUAUGAAGCUGCUGUCCUGCCUGAACACGGAGGAAACUCUGGACGCCUUAAGCCAGGUUCCACUUGAUGUACACCUUGUAACCUCUAGCAACAUGCCGAAUCUAAGAUUGAUUCGUGAAAAACUACCUCUGUAUGGCAGCGGCAUCAGAGAAUUCCAGCACAAACUGCAGCAAAUGCAUGUGGAAAUAGACGAGCAUUCCAAGACACUGAGUCUGGACAAAUGCAUACAGAAGAUGGAAGUGCUCCUUGAGAAGAUCGUGGCUAUACAUCGGCAGUAUCGGAAAGACAAACAAAUCGGCAAGCUUAACUACAAUGAUGAGCAGAUUCACAAGUUUGAAAAGAUUAACCUGUCUGCUCACAUUAAGAAGGUGAAGGCUUUGUUUCGUGACAACUGCCUUCAGGAAUAUCAGCAGGUUUUAGCAGCAGUGGUGUCAUGGAGCAGCUCACUAUUCGAGAUUCAGUCAAAUUUAGAACACGUUAGCGGGUUCUUCAUCCAGCUAAUCACGGAACUGCAGAUUUGUGAAGGACAGCAAACCAAGGUUUUGGACCAGGCGUUGGUCAUUGCACUUCAGAGACCGGCUGGAGCAGCGGCCAAGGAUGGAAUGAAGAAUCGAGACAAUAUGAUUCUUAGAAUGACGAGACUAAAGGAUGAGAUGGAAACGUUGGCCCGAGAGCUGCAAAAUAACAACAGUAUAAUAGAAAAUCUCAGAGCUUGCAAUUCAACGCUGGUGCUCGAGCCUAAAUUCCAACAGCCGAAAGGAUCAUGAAGAUCCUGAAAAGAUCUUGCUGAUGUCUGCUGUAAAGAGCCCACAGUUUGAGCUGGGCAUGGGCUUCAAAAGAGGAAUGAGCUUGGAAAUUAAGAAAUGGGUGACGUCAAUACAAGAGACUUUUUUUUUUUAACAUGUUGUAAAACUGAUAAUGGCCCAAUGGGUCUCUGUUGCUGCUCAGAUCAAAUUCCUCACACUGAAUUGUUCAUCCUCCUUAAACACCUGUUCUAAGUCUAAAUCCAGACUCUUGAUACUUUUACUCUUUCUAGGACUGGAAAAUGAGCUACUCAAGUUUCUUCACACUGCCGAUUCAUUUAAGAGUUAACUAAAAACACCAAACUGAUAUGUGUUUUUAUGUAAAUGUCUGUCUAAUCUUUUUCGUUUUGCAUGUCAUCAUCGUUAUUAUUAUUAUGAUUAUUAUUAUUCUUAUAUUUUUUUAUUAUUAUUAUUUUAAUAAUAGUGGCUGUAUUUAGCUGGGGUCAGAACGCAGAGUUAGCCAUGAUACAGCACUCCUAAAGAAAAUAGGGUUAAGGGCCUUGCUGAAGGGCUCAACAGUGGCAACUCGGCUUGAACCCCUCAACCUUCUGGUCAGUAACCCAGAGCAAUAACUAUUUGAGCCAAUAGUGCCUCUAACAGUGGUACAGUAGCAACAUAUUGAUAUUAUUAGUAUCAGUGAUAUUAUUUAUUUUCUCUGCUAUUAAGAGAAAAUGUUGGGCCUACUUGAAAAUAUAUCAUUACACCUCAGUUUCACUUUCCUUUCAACAUGAACUUCUGAAUAUUUUAGAUGUCAUUAUUAUUAUUAUUAUUAUUAUUAUUAUUAUAUUGUUAUUAGUGUGUAUUCAUACAGUAGAUUGACGUUUAUGUUUAAACCACAUACAACUAUGAACAAGUGCUUAAUCAGACUGUUGAAAAAAAAAUGUAAAUAUAUAUGACCUCAGAAGAACGUUUUACCAAGCCAGCACUUUUACUGCAUCACCUAGACACAACCUGUAUUAAAUAUUGAUGCCUCUUUUAA